CUUUCAUACAAACAGAAGACUUUUUUCUUCUACUUUCAGAAACAAAACCCAACAAAGUUCCAUCAUUUUUGGGCAAAUUCAUGGUUUUCUUCGCCUAAAGAAUGAAACCCACAUCAAAGUUCAUUCCUUUUAGCAAAUUCAUUGUUUUUUUUGGCUUAAACAACAAAACCCACAUCAAAGUUUGAAUCUUUUUCUGCAAAAUAUGGUUUUCUUGGCAUAAAGAACAAAACCCACAUCAAAGUUUAAAUCUUUUUCUGCAAAAUAUGGUUUUCUUGGCAUAAACAACAAAACCCACAUCAAAGUUUGAAUCUUUUUCUACAAAAUAUGGUUUUCUUGGCAUAAACAACAAAACCCACAUCAAAGUUUGAAUCUUUUUCUACAAAAUAUGGUUUUCUUGGCAUAAACAACAAAACCCACAUCAAAGUUUGAAUCUUUUUCUGCAAAAUAUGGUUUUCUUGGCAUAAACAACAAAACCCACAUCAAAGUUUGAAUCUUUUUCUACAAAAUAUGGUUUUCUUGGCAUAAAGAACAAAACCCAGAAAGAUUUUUAAUUCUUGAUCAAAACUUUGUAACUUUUGAUUAGUGUUUUGCAACAAUGGAUGGAAGUGACAUAUACAAAGCUGCAAAUAGUAUAAGGUUAGGGAGUUUAAGAGCAGUUAGUACAAGAACAUCAAGUUUAAGAUCUGGAAGUACUUCUGUAUGGAGGAAUUCUGGCAUGGAUGUUUUCUCAAAAUCUUCACGUGAAGAAGAUGAUGAAGAGGCUCUUAAAUGGGCUUCUCUUGAAAAGCUACCCACAUUCGAUCGACUGCGAAAAGGUUUACUUUUCGGAUCAACCGGACCGUCUAAUGAAGUUGAUGUUGAUAAUCUUGGAGCAGAAGAUAGAAAACAUUUGCUUGAUAGACUUGUGAAAGAUGCUGAUGAAGAUAAUGAGAAGUUCUUGUUGAAGCUUAGAGACAGGCUUGAUAGGGUUGGAAUUGAGAUGCCAACAAUUGAAGUCAAAUAUGAGCAUGUGACUAUUGAGGCUGAUGUGAAUACAGGAAGCCGAGCCUUGCCAAGUUUUAUAAACUUUCACAUAGAUCUUUUUGAGGGGCUAUUGAGUUUGUUUCAUUUACUCCCAAAUUCAAAAAAGCAUAUAACUAUCCUUGAUGACGUCAGCGGUGUCAUCAAGCCUAGCAGAAUGACAUUACUUUUGGGUCCCCCGAGUUCUGGGAAGACAACACUCUUGUUAGCUUUGGCUGGUACACUUGCAAAGGAGCUUAAGAGUACGGGUAAGGUAACAUAUAACGGGCAUGAACUACAUGAAUUUGUACCCGAAAGAACUUCUGCUUACAUCAGUCAAAACGACGUCCACAUUGGAGAAAUGACCGUUAGAGAAACACUGGCUUUCUCCGCAAGAUGUCAAGGCGUUGGAUCACGAUACGAUAUGCUAACGGAGUUGUCAAGAAGAGAACGAGACGCACACAUAAAGCCUGAUCCUGAUGUCGAUAUCUUCAUGAAGGCUGCGGCAACCAAAGGUCAAGAAGCUAAUGUGAUUACAGAUUAUACUCUCAAGUUGUUGGGGCUGGACAUCUGUGCGGACACGAUGGUUGGAGAUCAAAUGAUAAGGGGAAUAUCUGGUGGACAAAAGAAACGUGUGACGACGGGUGAAAUGAUAGUGGGGCCAUCAAAGGUUCUUCUUAUGGACGAGAUAUCAACCGGGUUGGAUAGUUCUACUACUUAUCAGAUUGUGAAUUCACUUAAACAAUUUCUUCACAUUCUCGAGGGUACUGCUGUCAUUUCACUCCUGCAGCCCGCACCAGAAACAUAUGAUUUGUUUGAUGACAUUAUACUCUUGACUGACGGCAAGAUCGUUUAUCAAGGUGCGCGUGAAAACGUUCUCGAGUUCUUUGAAUCAAUGGGAUUCAAAUGCCCAGAGAGAAAAGGCGUUGCUGAUUUCUUGCAAGAAGUGACAUCGAAGAAAGAUCAAGAACAAUAUUGGAUGAGAAGGGACGACCCUUAUAGAUUCGUGACAGCGAAAGAAUUUGCAGAAGCGUUCCAGUCAUUUCACGUUGGAAGAAAACUGGCACACGAGAUUUCGACCCCGUAUGACAAAAGUAAGAGCCACCCGGCUGCUCUGACAACCGAGAAAUAUGGUUUAAGUAGUAAAGAGCUCUUGAAAGCUUGCACCGAUAGAGAAAUAUUGCUCAUGAAAAGAAACUCGUUCGUCUAUUUCUUCAAAUUGUUUCAGCUAACUGUGAUGGCACUCAUUGCUUUAACGGUGUUUUUGCGAACCGAGAUGCAUAAAAGAGAUCUAGAAGGAGGAGGAUUGUAUACGGGUGCUGUAUUUUUUGGUGUUGUUAUGAUAAUGUUUAACGGAAUGUCUGAGAUAUCAAUGACGAUUGCGAAACUUCCUGUUUUCUACAAGCAACGGAACUUCCUUUUUUACCCCCCGUGGGCGUAUGCUGUUCCAUCAUGGAUCAUCAAGAUUCCCGUUUCGUUUCUUGAAGCUGCGGUUUGGACUAUUCUCACUUACUACGCCAUUGGAUUUGAUCCUAAUGUCUCAAGGUUCUUCAAACAAUACUUGAUACUGUUGCUUGUUAACCAAAUGUCUUCUGCACUAUUUCGGUUCAUUGGAGCAAUGGGUAGGAACAUGAUCGUUGCAAACACGUUUGGUUCGUUUGCACUUCUCUUAGUGUUUGCGUUGGGCGGUUUUGUCCUUUCACGAGAUGAUGUCAAGGGUUGGUGGUUAUGGGGAUACUGGUCAUCUCCCAUGAUGUAUGCAAUGAACGGAAUAGCAGUAAACGAGUUUCUUGGGCACAGUUGGAGAACGCCUGUGAACGGUACAACGCUUGGGAAAAUAGUUAUCAAAUCAAGAGGGUUCUUUGCAGAAGCUUACUGGUAUUGGAUUGCAGUCGCAGCCUUAUUCGGGUUUAUUUUCGCCUUCAAUAUAUGCUUCGCUUUGUCUCUCGCCUUCCUAAAUCCUUUUGAAAAACCUCAAGCUAAUGUAUCGACAGAAGACGAAAGCGAUUCAGCCGUUGAAUUAUCAUCCGUGAAUAAGGAAUCCACAAAUGAAGGAAGUCAUAAUAAGAAGAAAGGCAUGAUCCUUCCGUUUGAACCGCAUUCUAUCACCUUUGAUGAUGUCAAAUACUCCGUUGAUAUGCCACAGGAAAUGAAAGAUCAAGGGGUGGCUGAAGACCGUUUGCUGCUACUUAAAGGCGUUAGUGGGGCUUUCAGGCCUGGUGUUCUCACCGCUCUAAUGGGUGUAAGUGGUGCUGGUAAAACUACUCUCAUGGACGUGUUAGCCGGUCGAAAAACGGGCGGGUAUAUCGAAGGUGACGUCAAGAUUUCCGGGUAUCCAAAGAAACAAGAAACAUUUGCUCGAAUUUCUGGUUACUGUGAGCAAAACGACAUCCAUUCACCUCAUGUAACCGUUUACGAGUCUUUACUAUACUCAGCAUGGCUCAGGCUAGCAUCGGAUGUCGAUGAACACAAGAGAAAGAUGUUUGUCGAUGAGGUGAUGGACCUUGUGGAACUCAACCCGAUAAAGGAUGCAUUAGUCGGGUUACCAGGUGUCAACGGGCUAUCAACAGAACAAAGAAAGAGGUUGACCAUAGCUGUUGAGCUCGUGGCUAACCCGUCUAUAAUAUUUAUGGAUGAGCCAACCUCUGGGUUAGAUGCUAGGGCGGCAGCCAUUGUGAUGAGAACGGUUAGGAACACCGUGGAUACAGGAAGAACCGUUGUUUGCACCAUUCAUCAACCAAGCAUAGACAUAUUUGAAGCUUUUGAUGAGUUGUUCUUGAUGAAAAGAGGUGGACAAGAGCUAUACGUUGGACCCGUAGGUCGCCAUUCAUGUGAAUUAAUCAAAUACUUUGAGGCCAUAGAUGGUAUAAGUAAGAUUAAAGACGGAUAUAACCCUGCAACAUGGAUGUUAGAAGUCAGUACUACAGCACAAGAACUCGCUCUCGGAGUUGAUUUCACAGAAAUCUACAGGAAAUCCGAGCUUUACAAGAGAAACAAAGCCCUGAUCGCCGAAUUAGGUGUACCACGUCCUGGCAGCAAAGAUCUGUUCUACCCAACUCAAUACUCGCAGCCCUUCCUUGUACAAUGCAUCGCGUGUCUAUGGAAACAACGGUGGUCGUACUGGCGGAACCCGGCGUACACCGCUGUGCGUUUUGUCUUCACCACCUUUAUCGGCGUUAUGUUUGGUACAAUGUUUUGGGAUCUCGGCGGUAAAAAGGCAACCCAACAAGAUCUGAAUAACGCGAUGGGUUCAAUGUAUGCAGCAGUUCUUUUCUUAGGAAUCCAGAACGCAUCAGCUGUUCAACCGGUGGUAGAUGUUGAGCGAACUGUGUUUUACAGAGAAAGAGCCGCUGGAAUGUACUCUGCUCUGCCGUAUGCUUUCGCUCAAGUUUUGGUCGAAAUCCCGUAUAUUUUGGUGCAGACAGGGGUGUACAGUGUUAUAGUGUACUCCAUGAUCGGAUUCGAGUGGACUGCUGCUAAAUUCUUUUGGUAUUUAUUUUUCCAAAUGUGUUGUUUCCUCUACAUGACCUAUUACGGUAUGAUGACCGUCGCUAUCACCCCCAACGCCAGCAUCGCCGCCAUCAUUGCCGCCUCAUUCUACGGAAUCUUCAAUCUUUUCUCGGGAUUCAUCAUUCCACGACCUAGCAUUCCAGUGUGGUGGAGAUGGUACUACUGGGGAAACCCGCUUGCUUGGACUAUUUACGGCAUGGUUGUUUCACAGUUCGGGGACUUUAACGAUGAGCUAUCGAACGGGGAAACCGUUAAAGGUUACUUGGAUCGGUUUUUUGGUUUCAAGCAUGAUUUUCUUGGGGUUAUUGCCGGGGUGCACGUUGGACUGGUUUUGUUCUUCGCCUUCAUCUUUGCUUAUUGCAUUCGAUCCUUUAAUUUCCAGCAGAGAUGAUUUUGUUUUUCAUGUUUGGUAGAUGAACAACAUAUCAAUUUGUGUAACUACUCGUGUUGUGUUUCCUAUCCGAUUUAUUAUGUAUAUGAUUUAAGAUCCUUGUUUUCCCAAACACAUAUUUCUUGUUUUAGUCAAAUGGUGUUUUUUUUUGACA